AUGGAUGACUGGCGGUCAAGCGCGGGGUUAUUGGCGCCGCAGCUGGCAUGCCAGUCAUCAUCACCAGCAGCGUCUGCGCCGGCGCCACCACUCCCCGCGCCCACGUCACCUCCCCGCGUCGUCUCCGCCCCGCCCGUGCCCACCCAACCACCCCCAGACCCCGCUCCCCAAGACCAGGAAGAUGGCGUCAGAUUACGGCGAACACAUACGGUUGCUGUACGAGACUACCUCAAAAGGGAAACGCAGACGUUUUUCGGCGUUCAGAGGGAUAAUGAGAGGGAACAAAGACGGCUGUGGUAUGAGAGGCGGAGGAGGCACGCGGCGCGGGCGCUCGGUGACCUCCGGCCCGACCUGCCACCGGAUCAUCAUCCUGAUGAUGAUGAUAUUAGUAUGUACGGAGCGUCGGGCGCAGCACCUAGGGAGGCGCGGGGGCGGGCGCGUGAGCGGCCCGACGUGUUGCCUGCGCCGGCGCCGCUCGAGGAGCCCGCGCCGCCCUCCCUCCCCCGCCCGGGAAAGGACAGUGUGGCGCGGCUCACGCUUACCGGGCUUUCUUAUGUUGUUACUUUAUUUACCACCUCUAACAACGAUGACACAACACAAUACAAUACAACAAAAAAGCGGAUUUUCCCAUUGCAAAAUUUGCACGACGCCGAUGAUUUUAUUUCCGACAUUCUAGAAUAUUCGAUAAGAGAGGAACGCGGGGACAUCGAGUGUCACGUACCGUAUCACAGUUCCUAUUUAAAAUUCAAUUUCCCAGUUAGCGCAGUGGCGGUGACGCGGCGGUCGCGUCAAUCGACGUCGGCGCAGUGGUCGAGAUCAUUCCGCGGCACUGCGCCCAUGCACGAUGAAGUUGACGUCGAUGACGUGUUCUUCGCACCACCGACUUCCACCACGCCUCUGCAGCAUCAUGAAGAUGCUGAUACUGUUGACGGAUCUAAGGGGGCGAGAUCCCCAAUCGGUUCGACAGGCGUGGAGUACAGAAGGCCGGAGCGGAGCGUGUCCUGGGGCGCGGGGGGAGCGCGUAUCCACACACCGAUGCUGGAACCUCUGGCGGACAACUCGAAUAGGCGACAAUUUGGCAUGGGCGUUGUUGGUAGAUUCUUUAGGUAA